AUGGGAAGGUUAAUCAAAAACCACUGGGGCCGAUUGAUCAUCCUCACGGCUGCUGCCUACCAAGUGGGCGCCGCCAUCGAGGGAUUCAUCUGGCCGAAAGUAUUCUGGGACUUCAUCACCCAAAACCUGAACGGCGCCGUAGCGCCCGUUCCGGUUCUGCAGAUUCUCAACCUGAUAAUGGGCCUACUCGGCCUCGCCUGGGAAUGGCCUCUGAAAUACUUCGCGGGAACAUUAGCCCACCGCAGCAUCGAAAUGCGACUUAUCCUCUAUCCGCUCAGCGCUUUACUAUCAGCGCUUCUCUACCAAGGCACGGAUCCCGCGAUAUACUACCUGGUUGGCAUUGGGGUCUACUUUUGGGCAUAUAGCGAAGGAGAGGCUGAUUCUGCGCUGAAUUACGCAUUAUAUUUUGAACUUUUGACUCGCAAGAUCUCGGAAUACGAUAUACAGCAGGAAGAUAUCUAUAAUAUGGAUGAGAAAGGCUUCCUAAUCGGAAUGCUCAGUAAAGCGAAGAGAAUCUUCUCUAAACCAUUAUACGAGAAGAAUGGAAUGAAGCAACGGCUUCAGGAUGGAAAUCGAGAAUGGAUUACAACGCUCGCCUGUAUCUGCGCGGAUGGAACCUCGCUAUCUCCGGGUCUUAUAUACCAAGCUGCCUCUUCAAAACUUCAAGAUUCCUGGCUGCAGGACUUCGAUCAUUCUCUUCAUCCUUGCUUCUUUGCAUCCUCGCCUUCAGGAUGGACGAAUGACGAGCUAGGAUACGCGUGGCUGCGAGAUGUAUUCGAUCGAGAGACAAAAGCGAAGGCGAGGCGGCGUUGGAGGCUUCUUAUUCUUGACGGCCACGGAUCUCAUGUCAAUAUGAAGUUUUUCGAAUACUGUGAGGCAAAUAAGAUCCUUCUAAUGACUUAUCCGCCUCAUUCUACGCAUUCGCUCCAGCCACUUGACGUUGGAAUCUUCGGGCCUCUCUCUACAGCGUAUAGCGAGAGAUUAGAACGAUUUCUGCAUGAAUCUCAAGGACUUUGUCAUAUCACAAAAAGAGACUUUUUUCGCCUCUUUUGGCCGUCAUGGGAGAGCACUUUAUCUGCUGAGAAUAUCGCUUCUUCGUGGAAAUCGGCCAAAAAAUUAAGUUCUACGAUGCAUUGUCUGUCUACAGAGAAUGUUCUCUUAAAACUACGCUGCCAGGGCCUUGAAGAGGCCCUUCUUCAAGAGAAAAAGAAGCGUCAGCGAGGCAAGCCUCUUUUAUCUGAAUUACGGGCCCCUGAGGACGGCUACGCGGUGUUUUACUCUCCUAAGAAGAUUCAGCAAGCUCGUGACCUUCAAGCAGAAAGAGAUGAGGCUAUACAGCUCGCCAAAGCUUCAAAAGAAGAGGAAAGGCUUCGUAAACAGCAAGAGAAGCAAGAUCAAAGGCUUUUGAUUGAAGAACGUAAACGAAUCCGCGCUUUAAAUCGAGAAACGCGGGUUCGUGAGGCAGAGGCAAGAAAGCAGAAAAAGCGGGAUGAUCAGCUCGCUAAGCAAGCUGAUACACAGCUUCAAAAUGACAUCAAUAUCGCUCAAACAGGCAAGAAUAAGGUCCCUACAACCCCAAAAGGAAAGAAAUCGAGUGGUAGAGCUGCUGCAGAACCUGAGGUUGUUGAUGAGCCCCCCCCAACGCUUAAUCGCCGCGGUAGGCAGAUCCGCCUCCCUGAGCGCUUUCGGCAAUAA